UUGUCGCAAUAAAGCCUUCAGGCAUUAGUCCCAGCUGACAUUGACUCAAGAAUGGUCUGUACAGUUAUGGUGCAUUAAAGUUGAGGAGCAAGUGCUCAGUUUACUAUGGGAGAAGGGAGCUGAAAUACAAUCUUGCUGCUUCUCAAUGCAGCCUAAAAUCCCUGCAUUUAUGUUGCUACUUGCCAGGAGUCUUAGCUUUUUUACAUUGGGUUUUAAGACCCCUUACACAGGUGUGGAUCAUGGCAAUGGACUGUAUAGGAUCCAGCGAUGCCUUCAAACUGGGGAUUUUAGGAAGCAUCGUUAGGAGGUCCCUGGAUGCCCCACGGCACUCCGUCCUCGCACGCCCCCCCGAUGGCCGGCAGCUGACCCCGCCCCCCAGGAUGACGGUGAGAGAGCGGCUGCGAGAGAAGAUCUCGGCGGCGUUUUACCGCCAUGGGCUGCUUUGCGCUUCCUAUCCGGUGCCCAUCAUCCUCUUCACCUCCGCCAGUAUUCUCGCCUGCUGUUACCCCCUGCUGCGGCUGCCUCUGCCGGGGACCGGACCGGUGGAGUUCACCACACGGGUCCGAGAUUACACCGUCCCUUCCCAUGAGCCCCAGGGAGACCUCGGCGAGCGGCCUGACUGGUAUCGGGGUCCUCCGGUGGCCUAUAUCCAGCAGGUCCUGGUGAAGGCAGCUGUGUCUCCCUGGGACAGUACGCUGGUCCCUGUGGACGUGUUCCGCUCCCCACUGGGCCGCGUUUUCAGCCUGCUGGAGGAGAUCCGCAACCAUGUACACAACGACGGUUCUGGGGUCAGGAGCUUGGAGGCGCUCUGCCUGCAGGUGACGGACCUGUUGCCGGGUUUACGGCGUAUGCAGACAGUGCUGCCGGAGCACGGUUGUCUGCUGGUCUCCCCCGGCAACUACUGGCAGAACCAACGGGAGCUGUUUGACUCUGACCCCGACCUGCUGAAGACCGUCCACCAGCACGAACCCAAAGGACUGCACACCUCCGCCACACUGAGAGACCUGCUGUUUGGCGUCCCGGUGAAACACACAGGGGUGAGUCUGUACAGCAGGAAGAGGGUGGUCACCUACACCAUCACCAUGGUCCUGGGCAGCUACGACGCCAGGUUCCUGUCUAGCAUGCGGGCGCGUCUCCGCCAGCUGCACCCCUCGGUGAACUGCAGCCUGCGCGAGGACCACAUGGUGCACGUGCACUUCAAGGAGGAGAUAGGCAUGGCCGAGCUCAUCCCCCUGGUCACCACCUACAUCAUACUGUUCGCCUACAUCUACUUCUCCACACGUAAGAUUGACAUGGUGAAGUCAAAAUGGGGCUUGGCGCUGGCUGCCGUGGUAACAGUGCUCAGCUCUCUGCUUAUGUCUGUGGGGCUCUGCACCCUGUUCGGCCUGACGCCCACACUCAAUGGAGGUGAGAUCUUCCCCUAUUUGGUGGUGGUGAUAGGGCUGGAGAACGUCCUGGUUCUCACCAAGUCUGUGGUGUCCACCCCUGUUGACCUGGAGGUCAAACUACGCAUCGCUCAGGGCCUUAGUAAUGAGAGCUGGUCUAUCAUGAAGAACAUGGCCACAGAGCUGUGCAUCAUCCUCAUAGGAUAUUUCACCCUGGUGCCCGCUAUCCAGGAGUUCUGUCUGUUUGCUGUGGUGGGGCUGGUGUCUGACUUCUUCCUUCAGAUGUUUUUCUUCACCACAGUUCUUUCCAUUGACAUCCGACGCAUGGAGUUGGCCGAUCUAAACCGGCGUCUUCCGGCCGAGGCGGGGAUGCCCCCUCCCAAACCGGGCCCCCUACGCCCUCGGGAGGCGCCUCCUCCUCCACGGCCCUCGCCCUACACCAUCACCCUGCAGACGCCCGCCUUCAGGAACCUGCGUCUGCCCAAGAGGCUUCGUGUGGUCUACUUCCUGGCCCGCACACGUCUGGCCCAGCGCUUCAUCAUGGUGGGUACAGUGAUCUGGAUUGGCAUCCUGGCGUACACGGACCCCGCUGGCCUCCGUACCUACCUGGCAGCCCAGGUGUCUGAACAGAGCCCCCUGGGGGAGGGCGGGGCCGGGGGUCUGCCCCCCCACCUGGGAGUAGCCCCGGUAUUCCCUGGACCAGGAGGGGACCCCGCCAGCACCCUCAGUGUCCUCCCUGCCCCCGCUGAACCCACCCCGCUUCCAGAGAACCAGUCCCAGGGCCACCACGGGGCCCCCAGGGAAGGAGUACCCCACCAGGCCCAGGCCCCACCCCUGGUGCCCCAGAUCAGCUGGGGGUCGGAGGAUGAGGAGGGCUGGAGGAGGCUGUCUUUCAGACACUGGCCCUCGCUCUUCAGCUACUAUAAUAUUACUCUGGCCAAGAGAUACAUCAGCAUCCUGCCUGUCAUUCCUGUCACGCUUCACCUGAGCCCCCGGGAGGCCAUCGAGACGCGUCACCCCCAGGACACACGCCACCCCCCGCCGCCCAGCCUCAAAACUAACGACCUGCCCGCAGACCUCACGCUCUACAAGGUAGCAGCUCUGGGCCUGGCGGCAGGGGUUCUGCUGGUGCUGCUGCUCUUCUGUCUCUACCGGGUCCUCUGUCCUCGCAACUACGGCCAGAACGGCGUGGCCCACGGACGCCGUCGCCGCGGUGACCUGCCCUGCGACGACUACGGCUACUCGCCACCCAUCAGCGAGAUCUCCCCCCUGCUGCUGCGUGGACACAGCAUGGAUAUAGAGUGUCUGGCUAGUGAUGGCAUGCUGUUGGCCAGUUGUUGUCUGGCAGGACAGAUCCGUGUGUGGGACGCUCAGACUGGAGACUGCCUCACUGUCAUUCCUAAACAUGGGCUGCGGCGGAGUAGCAGCAGUGGCUGCUGGGAGCAGCGGGAUGGCUGGGACGCCGUGGGUGUGGCCGAACCUGAGAAUCUGGGAGGCGGGACAGAACCAGGGAGCGGGGAUUUCGAUGAGGAUGAGGUCUACCCCCUCAGGCGGCGGACCACCCCACGCCCGGCCCUCUUUGAGGACCAACCCGACCUCACCCCCCUCAUCGACACCAACUUCGACUCCCAGCCCCCCUCCCACCUCCUCCUCACCCCGCCCAGGGAUGGCUUUGACUUCGGGGGGCUGGUGGAGAGAGCCUACCUAGAGCAUGAGCCUCCGUCGCCGGGCCUCACUGCCUCCUACCCCUCCCCCUCCGCCCCGUCGGAACCCCCCCCCCAGAGGAGACGCAGCCUGGGGUACAUCCAGCCCCCUGCUCCACAGGGCCAGGGAACCCCGGACUGGGAAAGCGCCGUGUGGGCCAUGGAGCUUCGGGGGAACCUCAUUGCUGCUGGGAGGAGCAGCGGCAAACUGGAGCUGUGGGACGCAGUGGAGGGCUCGUUACGCUGCAGUAAUGAAGACGGCGUCUCAGGGAUCACGGCCCUGGCCUUCCUCAACAACAGGAUCGUGGCGGCCAGACUCGACGGCUCUCUAGACUUCUUCACUGUCGACAUCAACAAGCCUCUGGGCUUACUGCAGUACAGAGGACCUCCCGGGCGUAGUAACAUACCGCCCUCGCCCUGCUACAGCAGUGAGGAUGUGAUCUCAUGCCAGCUGACGCGCUCGGUGCAGUGUGCCCACCAGAAACCCAUCACGGUGCUGCGAGCCGCUGCCGGCAGAGUGGUCACGGGCAGCCAGGAUCACACCGUCAGGGUGUAUCGUCUGGAGGACUCAUGCUGUCUCUUCACGCUCCAGGGCCACUCUGGGGGAAUCACUGCCAUCUACAUAGACCAGACCAUGGUUCUGGCCAGUGGGGGGCAGGACGGAGCAAUCUGUCUGUGGGAUGUGCUGACGGGCAGCCGGGUGAGCCACGUGUACGGUCACCGCGGCGACGUGACCUCGCUGGUGUGCACCACAUCGUGCGUGAUCAGCAGCGGCCUCGACGACCUCAUCUGCAUCUGGGACCGCAGCACGGGCAUCAAGCUCUACUCCAUACAGCAGGAGGUGGGCUGUGGUGCUAGUCUGGGGGUGAUCUCUGAGUCUCUCCUGGUGACAGGGGGCCAGGGCUGUGUGUCCUUCUGGGACCUGAACUUCGGGGACCUCCUCCAGACGGUCUACCUGGGCCAGAGCAGCGACGGCCAGGGGGUCCGCCAGCUCGUGGUGCUGAACAACGCCGCCAUCGUCUGCGACUUUGGCUCCGAGCUCAGUCUGGUCUACGUACCCUCGGUGCUGGAGAAGCUGGACUGAGCAGUAGCAGAACUUGGACAGGCUCCACACAGUGGCCUGGAGGAGUAGAUGAAAUGGUCAGUACUGACAAUGGGGAUACAUGCAAAUGCAACUCAUUUUGGCCCUACACUACAGUUGGACAAUCUUCUUGGAAAGAGUUGACGUGAUUGGCUAAUUUAGAUCGUUAGCACUUCACCCGAUUAGGUGGGAGGGCAUUUCUAUCGCAAUACAUAGUGGUCAACCUGUCACAGGGUGAGGUCUGUCUGACCAGAAAGAUGACCCUUGACCUUGUUAGUAGCUCAGGGGGUUUGUAUCCAAGCAUUGGAUGGUUUGGGGUACACACACCCCAAGGGGUUACCAUCCAACAAUCAGUCCGUCACUGCACUCUAUGCUGCUGUCAUUGGCGGAGUGUUUGAUACCACGCCAGCCAAUCAGUGUAGCGCAGCUGUGGAAGGCUCAUGUCAUGAGGUCUGAGGGCUGUUGGGCUAAGCUAAGCAGUUACUAGCAUGCGUGUGUUUUGUGUCCUGGGAAAGAAACGGUCCCUUUUUAUGGUGAAAACACUGCUGACAAAAAUCCUUCAUUAUUGUGUGUGUGUGUGUGUGCGAGAUAACUGGAUACGAUUACUGUAAUGAAAUGCACCUUGAGAGGGGGUUGUUUUUAUGUGGAAAUGUAUUUAUUAGUGAUACAUUUUAAAGUAACAAUUUGAGAUGUGCAUAUUAUAAUGUGCAGAUGUCAUAAAUGUAGGGUUAGAUUUUUUAUUUUUUUUAAACAUUGGUUAUGAUAUUUGUAAUAUGAAUAUUUUCGAACUGAAAAGGCUUAAGUGUUUUCUUGUAGUUGGAGAUUGAAGGGGAGAGGUUCCUUGCCUUACCAAGCCUCGGGCUCUGAUUUUAGGGCUACUGUUGCUGCAAGAGGACCCAUCUGGGCCCCUAAGAGCCCUUAUAGCUGUAGGAGGCUCUAUACCUCUAGACUUUCUGAUGUGCAUCUGAAGUUGUGGUAGCUCUACAUUGGCUGCUCUCUUCCCAUGUUGACUGGGCCCAGGAGAAAUGUCAGAUCAUUUGAGAUUGUGAAUAUAUUAAAUUGCACUGUUUUACGUUAGUAACAUUGUCAUGCUACCAUUGUACGUCUUGUUCUCUGACAAAAAGGUUCUAUUGAGGGUACUUUUUAAAUGCCUUCCUCUUGAAAAACAUCUUACAACGGAGUUUCUCUGUCUCCUAUGUUUUUCCCAAUACAAUGAAACGGUCUCUUUACUUUCCCUUAUUUUUUAGGUCUUAUCUCUGUAAUUCUCUGCUUGUGAGUUUCAGAACCCUAUCAGGCAUAAAAGGAGAGGAUGGGUAGUGUACCAGUAAUGCGGUGAUAACUCCACCUUGUCCCAGCCAGUCUUUUCAAGUGAGCAAAGGAGUCAGCGAGGGCCUCAGACUAGGAAUAUGAGGAGUUUGAUGGAACCCUCUAGGUUGGACCCCCUCUACUAACUCAACCUUUCUUCUAGCCCCUUAGCUCUGAGUGACCGUAGCCCUAGCCUGCAGACACACGUAAUACAAAGAGAGCGUAGCGGGCUUGACAUUAGCCUACCGGUACUUGGUUACUUACACCCAUAGCUGAAUGUAGAUCCGUGACGCUUGAUAUUGAAAAGCAAAUCCACUCAACUUCUGCAUACAGAAAUAUAACACUAACCUGUGCACUAACUCUUAACCCUCUCAAAUGCACAUACACACACACUAGGCACUUUGAAACAUAAUGUAUAGAAACACACACAUCAGACUUGUGAAUGCAGGGGUGGACAGCUUUAGUCCUCAAGUGUUGCGGUGUCUGCUGGUUUAUCAAUAACAUGAAUUGAAGACAAAGGUAAACCCAGACACACGGCAUCCCAGAAGGACUGGAGUUGUGCAUCCAUGUUCUAUUGUAACAUUUCUAAUUUAUUUUGUGUUUUUUAAUGUAAAUAAUAGGUAAAUGCUUUAGUGUGUAGAUUUAUAAUUUGAAGAUUAUUUUUUACUUCCUGACCAAAUGGUCUCUUUCUGGCAGUGUGGUGGAGGGGCGGGGGGGUUGAUGAUGAUGACUUGGGUCUCUAAGGAAUGAAUGUUGAAGGAUAUAAACUGCUGCCAGAGUUGGGCAGUAAAAUAUGGUUGUGUUCCAAGUCCUUUUAAGCUGCCUUUCCUUAUCUCCUUGCAAAUAAUGAUGCGAUAGUUAUUUAACAGACACCCAUCCAUUGCAACAGUUCACACACAUUCAGUCACAAUAUGUGGCCUAUGCAGGAAUUAAACCGCACAACUCUGGUGUUGCGAGCACUAUGCUCCAAACAUUAGAACGUUUAUGGAACAGGAAUUUUCUUACAUAUGUUUCCCAGCAUUCUGCCACUGUACUAUCAGUAGUGAUGAGAAGGGAAACAUUUAAGAUAAUUGGAACACAGCCCAUGUCCCCUUGAUCUGUUCCUUUUGGUCCAACAAAAUAGUUGACGGAGGGAGGGGCAGAGAGAAACCGGUGUAAAUAUUGUUUUUGUGGAAUCAUAGGCCUGCUCUGCCCCCCUCCGCCCGAACCACCUCCCUUCUUCGGUUGGCUAGGGUACACAGACUGUGGUGGCGGUAGCAAAUGUUCUGGACUAUUUUUAACAUGGGAGCAAAACUUUGUACUAAUUUCCAAAUAAAGAGGCUUUGAUACCUUG